AUCUGCAGCAGCAUCACAGCCAGCCCUGCACUCACGCUGCUUUUGUGCUACAGAGAGACGAUGUGUGUUGAGCUACAUUAGACAAGGCAUUGGACACAGUAGCGAGAAUUAGCAGAGAAUAGCAGCCACCACAGCAUAGUCCCGAGCUAAAGGAUCAUCUUGUUCUGGGUCUACUACACAGCUAACCUAGUACGUAGUUAGCCAUUUUGCUAAGAAGCUAAACCGCCAUCGUAUUGAGGUUGCUUUGUAGACACUCAGCAGGCUAGCCGCAGACACCAGCGCAGAGGAAAUGAAGGACAAACAAAAGAGAAAGAAGGAGCGGACCUGGGCAGAGGCAGCUCGCAUGGUGUUGGAGAACUUCUCUGAUGCACCUAUGACUCCCAAACAAAUCCUCCAUGUCAUCCAGACCAAAGGGCUGAAGGAAAUGAGGAGUGGUACAGCUCCAUUGGCCUGCCUGGUCACCAUGCUGCACUCCCAGGUGAGAGGAGACCGAGUCAAGAACAGCAUCUUCUUCAAGCUGCCUGGACGAAUGAGCUUGUUCACUCUCAAGAAAAAUGCCCUACAGUGGACGAAGACGACAGCAGAGUCUGAUACACCAACAGAGGUUGCCAGCAGCACUGUCCACCCAGCUUCCAGCAGCAGCAACCCUGCAGCAGGCACUGGUGUGGCCCCGGACGGCCCCACUGAGGCCACUGAGCAGGAAAGCUGCGACUCCACUGAGACCACUGCUGUUGCCAGCGGAGACAAUGACGCGUCGGUGGAUGAGAGCUCGUCCAGCGCCUCCUGCUCUACAGAGCUGCAGGCUCCCAGCAGCCAGCCCCAGACCCGCCUCAGCAGGGCUGCAGGACAGCAGGGACGCACAGACACACAGCAGGCCCAGCACGCUCAACACACCCAGACUAGACUGAGCCGCUCAAGACAGUCAGGAAGGCAGAGGAAGAAAGCAGUCAUGAUGCCUCGUGUUGUCCUCACCCCUCUUAAAGUGAAUGGAGAGCAUGUCCCCUCAGGACCCAUGAAGAGGAGUCGGGGUGGGGUGGAUGUAGACUUUGAAACACCAGGCUCUAUUCUGGUCAACACCAACAUCAGAGCCCUCAUCAAUGUGCGGACCUUCUCAGCCUUCCCCACACACUCGCAGCAACAGCUACUGCAGCUGCUGCCAGAGGUGGACCGACAGAUUGGACCAGAUGGAAUGGCCAGACUGAGCAGCUCAGCUCUCAACAAUGAGUUCUUCACCCAUGCCUCUCAGAGCUGGAAAGAGAGGCUGGCAGAGGGUGAGUUCACCCAUGAGAUGCAGGUGCGUUUCCGGCAGGAAAUGGAGAAAGAGAAGAAGGUAGAGGCAUGGAAGGAAAAGUUUUUCGAAGAGUACCAUGGGCAAAAGUCUGGCCUGACGCAAGAGGAGUCUCUAAAGCUUACCAUGAGUGAAGCCAGUGAAGUUGCUGCCAGUGUGCUGGACAGUGAUGUGGCUGUUGUGGCAACUGGUGCCCCCAAAAGACGCAGCGUGGGUCGGCGGAGGAGAGACGGCAGAAUGAGGAGACGCACGCGGGCUGACCUGCGUCGUAGGGCCCGUCGGACCCUCUGCAAGGCUUCUUCUCCAGCCCUACCGUCUGCAGAAGCAGCUGAGGCCGGUGCUGCACUGGACAUCUCGGCAGUCUCUAUUGGCUCUCCCAUGUCCGACAACACGGUGGUUCAAGACGAGGUGGUGCUGCAGGCUGAGUGUGGCGUGGAGCUUCCAGCUGAGAGCUCCUCCAUAGAGCCGAAACCCUCUCCCACUCAGGAGCCAGUCACAUUGCCAGUCACCACUCCCACUCCCACUCCCACUCCCACCCCAACCCCCACCCCCACCCCUACCCCAAGCCCCAGCCCAGCCUCCACCAGCGCAAACGAAGAGCCAGAAGCUGUGGCCCGCCUGCUCACAGAGGAGGCUGCACCUGUACUGGCCUCCACCUCCUCACCUUCCUCUUCCUCCUCCUCCUCUUCUUCAUCUGCCUCCUCGCCUGUCUCCUCACCCUCCUCACCUUCUGAUAGACAGGGAGCUUUUGCUGCAGGCCUGGACUCCUCUUCAUCCUCCUCAGGAUCCUCCAGUGCGGCAGUGGCUGCUGAUCCUCUGGAUGACACAGCCUCCGUCGUCACCUCCAUCACAGGGGGAACCACCACCAGCAGCCGUGAGAGCAGCCCCUCAGCCAGCCCAGCCACUACCCCUGUACCCAGCGCUCAACUCAAGGAGCAGAAGAGAAGGCCAGAUGAGACUCAGGCCUUCUCCAGCUUCCCCGAAAAGAGGCCGCGGCUUGACGACCGUCAGUCCUUUCGUACCACAAUUGACAGUGUCCGUUCGGAGAAGCCGCAGCCGACAACAGAAGAGCCCAAGGUGCCGCCUAUCCGGAUUCAACUGUCCAGAAUCAAACCUCCCUGGGUCAAAGGUCACCCCACCUACCAGAUCUGUCCCCGGAUCGUGCCCCCCGGCGAGGGCUCGCGGCGGUCGGGGACGGGGGGCGCGCGCACCCUGGCGGACAUCAAAGCCCGCGCCCAGCAAGCCCGUGCCCAGCGCGAGGCCGCUGCUGCUGUUGCAGCCACUGCCGACAGGGCGGGGCCGGCCGGGGUCCGGCUGCGGCCUGCUGCUGGGCUACCGGAUAGCAGCAGUGGACGACGAGCACGAGAACAUCCAGGACCUAUCGAGCCCGGAGGAGGAGGAGGAGGAGGAGGAGGAGGAGGAGGUGGAGGAAAUGGAAGAAGGGGAGGUGGUGGGAUGGAGGAGCAGGGAUCGUCUUCAGGCACUAAUUCGUCUGGAACACAACUACAGCUUCUCAAUGUAGAUCCUACACCUCAGCCAUCCCCUUCCCUGUCCACUACCUCAACCUCCAUGUCCUUAGAGCCCCCGCAGACCCCAAGCCCUCCUCGAGAGGAGGCAGCUGGGAGGCCAGAGGCUGGAGAGGAUGCAGAGACAACAUCAGCCAGUGUCCAGAGCUCGUCCACCGGGGUCACAGAAAAUGCAACUGAUUCACCCUCUUCAAAGCUUGAGGUGCGUGAGCCUGCUGCAGCCCCCCCAGGGACGGCUCACCAGGGUUGUGAAAAACCCUCACUGGCCCCGACUUCCAUUCCAGAUUCCCUCCCCAGGUUUGGGGCUCAGGGUGUGGAUGUUAUUCAGACGCUGGCCAGCUCCUGUCAGCCCAAAGAGCAGGUCCAGGGGAAGGAAGCUGCACUUGGAGGUGUUAUCCAGCAUGGCUCCCAACACGUGGAGCCCCAGGAGGUGUUCUCUCAUUCAGCAGCAGAGAGACAGCAAUCAGAAGCAUCCUCUCCCCAACAAGCAGACUCCUUCAGUGGAGAGAAAGACGACGAGGCACAUAGCGACUCCACAGAAACAGCUUCCGACUGUGAAAACGACAUCCAGGAGGAUGAAGCGCCGCAGCCUGACUGGUGCCCCCAGCUGAGCAUACAAAGAAACGGCCAGCUGGUCAUCUGCAGCCCCUCUCCACAGAACCAGCAGCCGGUCAUCCAGGCCCACGUGUCCAGCCGCCAAGGUCAGACUGUCAUUCAGCCCUGCUUUCCCAAUGGCUUGCCUCACCCUCAACACAGCGAACACCAGUCCCUCCCCCCAGUCCAGUUGCAGGGGAUCAGGAACAACAACAUUGUGGUCAAAGUGGAGCCUGGAGAGGACUGCAGAGGGUCCAGACAGAGCUCCACUGAAGAGGACUGUCGAGGAGGUUUGAAGACCUCUUUCACUGCUGCAGUUGCCUCCAAGAGACUGGCCAGCUCAGCCAGGCCGGUAUCAAGCGUAGAGGCCAACAACCCUCUGGUGACUCAGCUGCUGCAGGGCAGCCUGCCUCUGGAGAAAGUUCUUCCCUCUCACUCUGCCAACAGGCUGGAGAUCAGCCGAUUGCCAGGACCACAACCUAGACCACCGGUGGCACGGACCCUAGGGCCUCGCAGCAGACCUGAGAUCUCAGCCCAGUCCCCCAGCCUUGAACUGAGUGCAGCCUCUCAGACUAACAAGUCUCCAACAGUUCACCCAGUCUCCUGUCUGAUGGAGGCCCCGGCUGGGUCGCAGUAUCAGUCCCAGCAGGCCCCCGGGGCAGUCCCGGUCAUCACAUCUCUGCCCUCCUCCUCCAGUUCCUUGUCCUCCAGGAGUAAGUCAGACCUCAGCUCUCAGAGCACGGUGGAGUCUGCAGUUAUUAAAGACCCUCAUGGUCCUCAGCCCUCUAAGGCGGUCACUCCAGACAAGCCUCAGUCAGCCCACCGAACCAUGCCUAAUGGUCCCUCUCCUCCACACGCAGACCCCUGUCCCACAGAGGUGGUGCCCACCAUUAAGAUUAACUGGCGUCCCCCCCAGUCUCAUCUCCCUCUCUCUCACCAACAGCAGCUGUCACCUGCAUCCACUGUAAAGAGUGAAGGAGGUGCGCGGCCCCCCUGCCAGGCCCUUGCCAAAUCCUCCCCCAUUAAACCCAUGAGUGUUACCAAAAAGGAGCCCGGGAGCUGCAGGGACGGCUACCUGAGCGGAGGGGCCAUGGAAGGACUCCUCAACAUGGAGAUGACUUUAGCCAGGAUGGCAAAGAAGGAACACAGCAAGGCGAGCUACUCUUCUGGCUCUCCCUCCUCCUCCUCCCCCUCCCCCUCCUCCUCUGCCUCUUCCCUUCCCUUCCAGCUGUAUGGAAAGCUCCCUAAGCAUGCUGGUGUUGGAGGGGUCAGCUACACAGCCAAUGUGUCAGUGAUGGACAACGGCAGUUUCUCCCGGAGCAUGGCGGACAGCGUGCUCCAGCUGCGCCCUCGCAUGGCCUCCAGUCAGACUACCCUCAGCAUCCAGGCCUUUACUGACAGUACGGCUGAAGAGGUGGCGCUCAAGUGCUCGUGCCGCCUCAAAGCCAUGAUCAUGUGCCAAGGCUGCGGUGCCUUUUGCCAUGACGAUUGCAUCGGGCCCUCUAAACUGUGUGUGUCAUGUCUGGUGGUCAGAUAGUAUGUGCACUUGGAACUGCUAUCUGUACUGUGUGAGCAGCAGGACUGGGUGGGCUCCACAGCCAAUAGAAGCACACAAGAGGCGCCUGACAGGCAAGAUUUGCCUUGUAUAAUAUAAUUGGUCUGUAUUUUUGUUGUUGCAGAUUUUCAGAUUUUUUUUAGCUGUACUUAUAUAUUAUUAUUAUUAUGGUUAUUGUUGUUGUUGUUAUUAAUAUUAAUUAUCAUUAUUAUAAUUGUGAAUUUCGGGCAUGGUUGAUUGUAACUUGUGCCUUUUUUGUUUUCUUUCCUCAAAAACAUUUACCUCAUCUUAUCUUGCUCCACCUGUCAUCAUUUGGUGGCCAUCAUUGUUUUGGUCCCUCGUUUCCUCAGCAGACGGGGACGUAUUGUUGUCUCUUUGCGCAAAGAAGUAUUUUUUUAACCAUUAAACUGAGUAAAUGACAUUGUUUCAUUGGUUUGUGUUUUGACUCAUUUCAUGGCUCCUUAAACACCUGUCUGUGAAGUACAGUGAACAAAUAAAGUGAUAAUUGAACAGUGC